UCUGCUCGGGAACGGCACGGUAUCAACGUGCGCUGCGCUUGGUGCUUGCGGGUGUACAUUGCGCAGGUCGAAAAGUGGGUUAAGAUGAGCUUUUGGAUGACAUUGGUGCUGGCGGCGAUCGUGUCCGGGCAGGGCGUGCGUGCCAUCAGCUACCGGAAGGAUACGGGAUUUGCCACGGACGGGAAGGAUCAGUUCGUGUUCCGGGAGCCGGGUGUGACGGCAGUGGCAAGAGAACCUUCUCCCAUAGAUCAUGGACAGUUUACACCGAUGUACGCCCCCCACUACAGUGCCGAUUCGCCGGUGAAGCGAGCCGGAAGGAUCCGUUUCGUGGACGACUCCGAUGCGUCACCGUCCACCACCACGGUGAAUGGAGCUGUUAGUGGGAGCAAUUUCUUCGGCAAAGGAUCCGUUGCCGACGUCUCACCGGCCGGAUCGCCGUUCGGGCAGCGUGAAGGUGAUCAAUUUUACACCGUCGGUGCAUCGAUACAGUUUGCCGGAGGAAAUGCGGGAGGAGACACGAUCACUCCACCACCGCCACCGCCAGCAGGCAGUCAGCAGAAACCGAAAAGGAAAAAGAACAAGUACAAGUACGUGGCAAACGAUAAGAUCUACAAUACGGACGGUGGGUUCGAGCAGCCUGGGCAGUAUGGGGCGUAUUCUACCUACACCGGUGCGCCACCGCAACGAUUUUCGGCCCCAUUGCAGGGCAACUAUUUGACGGUGAAUGGAGCCCGUCCGCAACAGCAGGUUGGACAGUACGACGGUAGUUCGAUGCUGAACUAUCCCGAGCUGCAGAAGCAACAGUAUCCGUUCAGCAUUGCGCCACAGAGCGCCGCUGGAGGUGCUUACAAUCCGUACAGUUCGUACAAUCCGUACCAGUAUCCUUCGGAGUCGCCGUACCCGUACGCUUCAGAGUCACCGUACGCCACCAAUCCGUACCAACAGCAACCGCAAGGAUACUAUCCACCGCAACAGUCACUGCCUGCUUCCAGCGGUCUAGCGCAACCGCCAAACGCGCAGAGCAUCCUGGGGGUGCUUCAGAGCAUCUUCAACUUUGCCCCCGGCACGUUCGGAUCGUUCGGAGCGGCCGCGACGCCGCAACGUCCGGGUGGUGCAUUCGCCAGCCCUGGAGCCGGUUUUGGUGGCGUUGGCGGUGGUGUGGGUGGUCAGCUGCGCCAAGCGUUGGAUAACAUUUCCGAAAACGACGAGCUGCAGUGCGUGCCGAAGCUGAUCUGCAUGAUGUCGCGCAGCUCGACCGGCCAGGGCUUUAGCAGCUACGUCAACCGGGGUCUACUGUCGACCAUCCUUACCGCCGUGCCGGACAGCUCACCGUGGCUCAAGUUCUCCCGGGCCGCCCUGCUAGGGUACGGCAUUGGGGCGAACAGCUGCGACGCGUACUAUCCCAAGUGUCCGAAGGAUGAGAUGCAGAUCCUGUACUACCUGAACAACCAUCGGGGUGGGUUUUUCCGCUUCUUCAGCAACGGUGAGCAGCAGCAGCAGCAGCAGCAGCAGCAGCAACAGUACCAGCAGCAGCAGUACGGGUAGAGAAAUCUGCAACGAUAUCAACAGUGAUCGGAGUCAAAUCGAACCUAAAGAAGACGACGAAAUGUGCCAAUCUGAAUGGAUAGAGGAGACAAUAGGACAGCCCUUUCCUAACUUGUUAUUUAUUAUGUGACACAAACGUAUACCUGUCUCUCUCUCUCUCUCUCGCGUGUGUGUGCGUAUAUAUGCGUGUCCCGGAAGCCCACCCAAGCAAGUGGUCGCCCUUUUUAGAGAGCGCGGCUGUGCGUAACUAAUAUUGCUCGCUGUCCGUGGGAAAGUGAUUUGUGAGGAGCAGAAUUUGAUGCACACCGCCAUGGCCAUGACCGGCGAUGUUUCUUUUUUCGGGAUGGGCUGUGAGAAAGUUACUCCCUCGAUUUUGUCUUUAUCACACGCCACAUUUAACCGUAGCCAAAUGGUGGCUUGAUGGCGCAAAUAAUACCAACUACACACAACACACCGUUGGCGCACGAUUUGCGUAAACUUGUAUUAACAAGCGUGUUUUGUGUGUGUGCAUUUUUUAAAGCUAUUUAAUUGAACGAUGUUCAACAGCAAAAACGAUAGCGAUGGUAACAAAUUGUUGUUUAAUAAAUUUAAGUAAAAAAAAACAACUUAAUAUCGUACUAUGAAUUAUUUUCGCAAAUCUGUUGCCCAAUUUUAACACUGCGUAUGAAUAUGUUUGCGCCGAACGACCCUGGAGUUGGACUUUCGCAACGAAAGUUCAACCUACCUUUGCGGGUGUCCCCGACAGCAAAAUCCCAUUCAAACUCACCUGUGCGCGUAGGAGUACAAUCGACAGAGUUGUUGUUUACUUUCAUCGACCUCAUCUUAGCGCCGAACACGACCGCGCGCCAUCUAUGUGCUUCCAUAAGCACCUUCAAAGACAACACACGGAUCUACCAAUUUCGGUUUUACGGGUUUCGUCGGUCCCCGAUGACGCAUCUCUCCUCCGCUUCAACGCCUGUCCAAAGCCGAACCGCUUGCCUCGUUUUAUUGCCGCCUUCCCCGGUGUAGUUAUUCAAUCGCAAGCGGACGUAAUAUCGUACCCAUGCUCUUCCGAUUUGCGCGCUUGGCCAAAGGCUUAUCGGUACAACGUCUGCGAGAUGCUGCGGUGUUGGCGUUUCCGCAUGAUUUUUCCCUGCGGUUGUGGCACACUUUGUGGCUGUGUGUGUGUAUGUGCAAUUGCGUGUUGCUAGCAAAGGUUUCCGACCGGUGCGAAGGUGCCAAAAGGACGAUAAUGAUAAUGUGUG